AUGUUCCCGAAGUUGCCGCCGACUUACGAAGACUGGGAAUGGACAGGAGGAAGAUGCGUCCGCGUGCUCCACGAGGUACUGGCGCGCAUGAAUCGGGAUGACGAUGUCAGUGAGCCAUUCUUGAAGCUCGAAAGGACGGACAAAGAUGGAACCCAACACGUUAGGAAGAUCGCAAACACCAUCGACGCAUGCGACGGCUGUGAGGACGAGGGGCCGUCAGUGAGCCCUGGUAUUUGCGUGAAGAAGGAGCCCGCAGACUGGCGGUGUACGGGAGGACGUGCGGUGGGAGCGGCAGUCGGCGGCUCAGGGGGCCAGGCGGCUGCGCCGGCAAUUGACAACGGCGUAGAUGUGCGCGCAACACGCGGCGGAGCUUCCGGUGCGGCCGGUGGGCGCAACGCCGACCACGUCGCGGGAGUGGCGGCCAAUGCGGCACGUCGCCAAAAGGGGUCGGGACGAGCGAAACCGGAACAUGCGGUCGCCUCGUCUGCCCCGCAGGACACCGUCGAGCAGACGAGGGGAGGGGAUGCAGGCCGUAUCAACACCCAGAAGCUCCUCGCCAACACGGAACAGGGCCUUCUGACGGUCUUGCAGAAUCACGGGAAGAGAAUCCGGAAUUUGGAGGUCACGAAUCAGGCGAUGAAGUCGAUGGUGAUAGCAUGCAUAGAGAGUGUAGCGAAGACGCUUUCCGGGUUGGGAGAGGACCUCAAAUCGCAGCACCCCCGCCCCCCCCCGUAUCCUACAGCUCCUCAUCCAGGGUCCCAGGGCAACGAAAAUGUUGGGUUGUGCAGGCAGGCCGGCAAAGACGUGCGCAACGAGGUAGACCCCGGGGGUGGCCAACACGCGAACGACCGGAAGCUGGCGCGGACGAGAGCCCUGACGACCAACAGCCCGUGCACGCCGCAAGGUGACUCGGCCGCAACGCGCACGCACCGUCGCAAAGCACCCGUUAACAAAAACGUCCCGGCCACGCGCACCGAUCCCGACUCCACGCUGCCCCCGUUCACCGCGCCCCAACGGAAAAGAGCACGAUCCCGGGAGGGAAAACCUGCUGGCUUGGUGUCCGCACCAACGCCCCCCAAGUGCCCGCCGGCAGACGGGGAGUUGCCGCAAGCGUCCGCGUCUCUGAAACGAGGGAGGUUCGAUCGGGAGUGCAUGCCUCCGCUCGCACUAGCACAGCAGCUGAUACUGGAACGGAGCACGUGCGGCGGCGCACAGCAAGACGUGUGCGGGACCGAAGGCCCUGGCGCGGAAGCGGGGGCCGGGGCAGGCGGCAGGGCAGGAGGCGACACAGAGAAGAAGGGUGUGUCGGACGAAGGAACUCCGCGGGCCGUCGAGAAGGGCGGGCUGUGCACGGUGGGCGAGGAACACGCGCGCAACGAGGUGGAAACGCAGGCGGGCGGCGCACAGCAGGACGUGUGCGAGACCGAAGGCCCUGGCGCGGAAGCGGGGGCCGGGGCAGGCGGCAGGGCAGGAGGCGACACAGAGAAGAAGGGUGUGUCGGACGAAGGAACUCCGCGGGCCGUCGAGAAGGGCGGGCUGUGCACGGUGGGCGAGGAACACGCGCGCAACAAGGUGGAAACGCAGGCGGGUGGCCGCCGCGCUGACGAUGCUGGUAUGGCAUCGGCGGGUGGAGCAGAGGAACGUGCUGUGUGUGCGGGCGAGGAAGCAAAGGAGGUGAAGAGCACGGAUGCGAAGGGCAUCUUACCAUUGAUGGCGCGAACGGUGUUUGGCGAGCAGGUCGACAUUGGGGGCCUGGGGAUCACCUCGAGCAAGGCCUCGUGGGAAGCAGACCGGAAUAAGGCGCGCCUCAUCUCUCCCGGCCUCUGGGCGGUCAUGUACGGACACGGGCUGGCGAGCAUCAUGGCCGGGUACCGCGCGGUUCUGGAGGGUUUCACUGCCGACGAGGGCGACGAGGAGAGCGCGCAGUUGGCCAUCUGCGCGGCCAUUGGGACUGCCGCCGCCAACUUCGAGAAGCGGAGUGGCGCAACCGCCAAGGUUUUCGCUCCAGCACUGGCUGCAUCCUGCGCGGCGGUGUGGAGCAUAUGGCGUGGAGUCCGCACCAACUGCGCCGUGGACCGCGCCGUAGCAGCGGCCAAAGCCGUUGGUGCAGAGCAGUCGCAGUUGGCGCACUGCAAGGACGUGAUCACCGCGGUCCUCAACACUUUGGGUAACAGAUCUCACGAGCGCAGAGAAGAGGCGAAGUCCGACCCGGACGGGCACGUUGCGUGGGUAAUCGAGCAAGCGUUGGGCGGCCCAGGCCUGGCGACGAGCGACGACGCCAAGGUGGUGGCGAAAGAAAGAGAUGACCGACACGCUCGGCAUGUGGUCGGCUUGCACCGUCGCUGCAGGUCCUUUGGUGGAGACCGGCUUCGAUAUGCCCCGAACUGCCGAGAUGAAACGCAAGUGCGAGAUCCGGGCAGAGUACUGGCUCGGAGGACUCCGCCGGACAGUGCAGCACGGAUCUCCCCUGAGUGCUCAACCCAUGCGCCCCAGAACCCAGCAGGGAUCUCGCCUGAGUGCUCAGCCAAUGCGCCCCAGAACCCAGCAGGGAUCUCCCGAGUGCUCAACACAUGUGCUUCAGAACCCGACAGUUAA